AUUGAACUGAAAUGUCAGCACUUCCCAGAGUACAAUAAGGUAUGAAUAGGUACUGACAAGUUCCUUCACAUAUAUUCUUUCUGCUGUGAUGAGAUUUGCCAUGUGUGUAUAACUGAAUUUACUUCACAUUGAAAGAAUUCAAGCGCAAUGUUAGUGAUGAAUUUGAGGAGCCUUUUCACCAUUACUCUUUUGAUGUUGCUGAAGUGUACCACCUUGAUAAGCACUGAAUCAUCAUUGGAACUCAGAAAUGCACAUCUUUUAACUUCUAAAGAUUAUGCUCAUAUCAUCAAUUUGAGACAGCAAGGCGGUUUUCCAAGUGACUGUUAUGAGAUUUUUCAGCAGUCAGAAAGCAAAGCUGAAGAUGGCCUCUAUGUCAUUCAGUUAAUGAAGGAUCAUAUUGUUGUUUACUGUGACAUGCACAGUGCAGAUGGUGGGUGGACUGUAAUCCAGCACAUCACUGUUAAUAGCUCAUUGGACUUUGACAGAACGUGGCAGGACUACAAGCAAGGAUUUGGCUUUAUUAAUGGUGAUCAUUGGUUGGGCAAUGAGUUAAUGCAUAGAAUCACUAGCAGGUCAAAUGAAUAUAGUUUGGGAAUCAAAUUAGUCAACAUGAAUGGAGAGGUGAAGUGGGGAGAAUAUGACCCAUUUUUCAUUGAAGACGAAGAAUCCAGAUAUAAAAUUAGACUUGGUCUUUAUCGUGGAACUGCAACUGAUGCUUUGACGAAAGAUACAGAAGCUUAUAUUCACGACAACCAAAAAUUCACCACAAAAGAUAGUGAUAAUGACAACUAUUAUCGAAAUUGUGCCAAACUGGAACUCAAUGGGAUACCAGGUGGAGGAUGGUGGUAUAAUGCCUGUGCUGGAGCCAAUCUCAACAGAAAAAAUGUUAUUUACUGGCAGAAUGAUUGUAAUAAAGAUAACCUGUGCAAGUAUGCAUGGAUGAUGGUAAAGCCUAAAAACAGGGAAGUCAAAUGCAGCAGUACCUCGCGUGAUGAGCUGUAACUAUGGUGCAAAAAUUAAGUGAAAAUAAAUCUAAUAACUCAUUUGUAAGUUCAACAAUUCAUUGAUUUUUUUUUGAAUAAGUGCACGUUGGGCUUAUUUACCAGAAAGAUUGGUAAAAGAACAUGUCCAAUGUAAUUGAGCAAAUUGGAUUAGUAAUUCGCUCUACAGCAUCGUACUGCCUGCAUGAGUAAAUUUUUAUGUGGAAAAGAUGUGAUUAAUAUAGUUGUUUUGAAAUAUGAUUGUUUCUGUUUGUGGUGGGAGCUCAAAUCUCUUCAGAUGGAAGAAUGAAAUUGUUUGCAUGAAAAUAAUGAAGAGCUUGAAAUUAAAUUAAAUGGUGUCAUAUUCAAAGUUGCCGUAGUGUCAUUUUGUAUCCAAUAUUGAAAUAUCUGGGAAAAUGACUUUGGGUGAGGGUAUCUGCUGAAUAAAUAAACAUUACCUGUAGAUGAAUAUAAUGCAAUAUUGAUAAUGUUUUGAAAGAGAGCAUAUCUCUCAUCAACAAAAAGUUGUGAAACCCAAUUGAAAAAUCAAACUUAAGAUCCCCACUGACAGUGAGAGGUAUAGAAAAUGCAAAUUAAAACAAGCAACAGUUUCAAGAUGACCUAUGUAUGAUUACAACAAUUCUUUGUCCUCUGCACAAAUUAAUUCUCCUCAGAUCUAUAAACUGUGCUAUUAAUUUAAUUAUUUCCAGGGCAAAUUUUCUUAUAUGCAUUUAGAUAUUAAGUAAAUAUUUAAAAAUCUAUUUGUUUAUUUUACUCUGUGAAUAAAAUAAUUUGGUUAUAAUACAUGUGUGUGAUGAUUUGGCUAAGAUGUAUGACACUCUCUGUUUCAUCGGCUUGAUUGUCGUUAAAUACCAGCAGUUAUGAAUGGAACCGCCAGCAUUUGCCUGUUUAAACAUCAGUAAGUCCAAAACCUAUAUGCAUGAAUUGUCAAAUGUGGAUGUCUCAACUUGUGUAUCUUAAAAUACCAACACGUUCUGCCUCUCCAGGUUAGCUCCAUCACCCACUGAUGCCAGUGACCAUUGGAGGACUACAUGGAAAAAUAGAAAAGAGAAAGUUUCCUUUUAUUUAACUAUUUGUGGUUUGUUCAAUAUUUGUAAUUAUUUAAAAUAUUUUAUAUAUGUUGUUUGGUUUUAGUCCAAAUAUACUAUGUAUAUAAUUUCCUGAAUCUUUAUUCCACUUUAAUAGACUUUAAAUGUUAAUCAUGAAUAUGAAAGACUCCCUAAUUAAUUUAAUUUUAACAUCUAAUUUUCAGUGGAUGCAAUUUUAUAAGUUUUAUUAA